AUGUAUUUCUUCUACCGUAUCGCAGUAGGAAUAAUUGUCCUGCAGUUCGUGUCAAUAAUUGUGGCCCAAAACUUGGAGUGCACAAUCGAACAGUAUGAGUACGCCCCGAACAAAUGGGACCAGUUUUGCAUAUUCCGGUCGCUUGUGUGGAACAAAGGUAAGCCCGAACCCGAGUUCGCCGGCUCAAACGCAUCCAAGGUUGCUUUCGUUGACUGCAACCUUCCCAGCAUACCGGAUAGUUUCUUUGAUCGAUUUCCUGGACUGGAAAUACUGGUGAUGAGGAAUGGAACCCUCGAGACGCUUAAAAUAAAAAACCGUAUGAAGAUAGUGUACGCUGAGCAGAAUCAGAUUACCAAAUUACUCAUCGAAGGUUCAAACACAGUGCUGAAAGAACUACACAUACAAGAGAAUCCCCUCUCGAGCAUCAACACCAUUGUGGGCAGUUUGAAAGGAUUGGAAGUACUGGAUUUGAGCAAAACGGCCGUUGCCGAAUACAACGAAGGCACAAUCGAUUUAUCGCAGUUCGGUUCGCUUUCUAACCUGACCGAACUGUACGUGACUCACAUGCAUGCACACUACGUCGAGAAUGAAAUCCGUUCAACGCUGCCAAAACUGAAGCUGCUUGAUCUGUCGGGCAAUCCAAUCACGCCGAGUAACUUCGAUUUGGAGGUGUUCCGCACUAUUCCCAACCUGGAGGAACUGUAUCUGCGCGACACCAUAAUGACCAAUCUGAUUGUUUCCGACAUUCGACAAGACCUACCGGCCCUGAAACGGCUCUAUCUCGAUGGGAAUAGCCUUCGCUGCGAUCUACUAGAAUUACUGUUGGCACACUUCAAAGAAAAGGACGUUGAAACGCCUACCCAAUCCCGAAAAUGCCAUCUCGGGUUUGACAGCAUCCAAGGACUAUGCUGCUUAUCGUACAUUAAAGAUGUCCCGAGAAAUAAGACCCAGGAAACCGUGAGUCAGUCGUCACAGGAUAGUGAAACAACCACCACAACCGAUACGACAAGAACACAGGAACUUGACUCCAACGAAUCAAGCACCACCAAUGAGAUUCUGCUGUACGUAGGCGUUGGCAUUGCGGUUUUAGUUGGUGUUGCGAUAAUCGCAUUUUUAGCGUAUAGGCUGACAAAGAAACAUCAGUUAGUACCUACGCAUGAUUCUACACCGCACGAUGAUCUGUAG